UGAUUAACUCAUCCUGAGUAGCUAUAAAAGCCUCUGACAUUCUGAGAGAGGGCACCAUCAAGUCCAGGAACCCCACGAGUAAAGGCUUGUCUUACUCCUCUGCAGCCAUGAAGUUUUCUCUUGUCGCCACUCUUCUCGUUGUGCUAGCGGUCACCCAUGGCUCUGAGGCCAGGUCAUUGGUGAAGCGUGAGGUCCAAGCCGAGGUGGACAAGAUCACCCAGCUCCUCAAGGAGAUGUCUGCCAGCUUCACCACUGCAACCCAGGACAUGGUGGAGAAGAUGAAGGCUCUGGAGAUGACCAACACUGCCCAGACAUACAUGGAGGACAGCAGGGCUAAGAUCCAGCCUCUGGUGGAGAAGGUCCAGGCUGAAGCCGCCAAGCUGCAGGAGCAGGUCAAGCCGUUCAUCUCCAACAUCGAGGAGCACAUCCGGCCCCUGACAGAUGAUUUCAGUGCUCAGGUCCAGCCCCUGGCGGACAACUUCCAAGCUCAGGUGAAGCCCCUGAGUGACAUGAUGGAGAAGUUCCUCCAGCAGGUGAUGGAGCAGUCCAAGGCCCUGCUGCCACCCCAGUAAAUAUUGCAGCUGUUGGUUCAGUCUGGCUGAAGUAACACCCAAAAUGGACCGGAGCUCAGAAUCUGCUCAGAAUACUAAAGACUGGUUGCUGUCAUACUUUUCUGUUUCAGUUUGCUGAGAGGCUUAAACUCCAUCAUUAAAGGGGUUUGAAAGUCA